AUGGCUUCCUCCUCUGGGGAGUUUUUCAGUGUGGCGCACCCCAGUCCUCCUCCCUUCACCUCACCAGCGCUGGACUUUCCCGCCAACCAUGACCGCAUGGUGUACCUGGGCAUCUCCGACUACUUCUUCAACACCGCGGGGUUCGUGUACCAACAGGCGGGGGUCCUACACCUGACCGUCACAGACAACAUGAUACCAAAGAGAUCCAAAUUCCGACUGACAACCACAUUUCUUGGAACCCUCAUACCCCAGGUGGCCAAGAUGUUCCCCAACAUGCCAGUGCAAUUCAACAUCUGGGCCUCGUCCCCACCGCACCUCACCAUGCUCCCCACUGGCCUCGUCUUCACCCCUGCCCUGGAGAUCCAGGCCUUUGCUGUGCUCCCAAACUCCUCCUUGGCUUCCCUCUUUGUGCUUCACCUGAACACGAAUGCUUCGAUGGAGGUCAACGCCACGGCUGACAGGCUUGUAGGAAAGCUCAGCUUGGACACGCUGCUCCUAGAACUGAAGCACUCGGACGUCGGCCCCUUUUCGGUUGUGGUGCUGCAGGCUAUCAUGAAUUAUGUUCUGCCCGUGACUGUGAUUCCCAGGAUUAACGAGCGGCUGGAGGAAGGCUUCCCUCUCCCGCUGCCCGCCAACAUCCGGCUCUUCAACCUGGUGCUUCAGUCCCACCAGGUAGGUCCAAAGGUCCCUUUUCACCCAAUGUCCCUCAACAACAGCAACCUGUUGCCAGAAAGCUUCCUGUGGGCAAGCCCUGUAUCAAGCACUCUCUACCCUUACAGCACCCUGCAAGUGGCCAGGGAGGGGUCGGUGGUUCUGCAGAAGGAACUGCUCAGAAUCACGCUGCCUGACUUCAUUGGGGACUUCAAAAUCAAGCCCUUUGGCCGAGGGCACUUUGAGUUCCACAGCCUGAGCAUCCACAGCUGUGAGCUGCGUGGUUCUGCUCUGAUGCCCCUGCCCGGCCAGGGUCUGAGUCUCACCAUCUCUGACUCCUUCAUCAGAGUCCAGGGCGAGUGGAAGGUGCGCAAAGCAUUCGUGAAACUACAUGGCUCCUUUGAUGUGCAGGUCAAGGGCAUUACCAUUUCGGUCAACCUUGUCUUGGGCAGGGAGCCCUCUGGGAGGCCCACCGUCACUGCCCCCGGCUGCAGCAGCCACAUUCGAGAUGUGGAGGUGGACAUAUCGGGAGAUUUGGGGUGGCUGUUGAAUCUCUUCCACAACCAGGUUGAGUCCCGGUUCCGCAGAGUAUUGGAGAGCAAGAUUUGCAAAAUGCUCCAGAAUUCAGUGACCUCAGACCUACAGCCUUAUCUCCAAACUCUGCCAGUCAAAACAGAGAUCGACAGUUUCGCUGGUAUUGAUUACAGUUUAAUGGAAGCCCCUCGGGCAACAGCCCAAAUGCUGGAUGUGAUGUUUAAGGGUGAAAUUUUUAACCGUGAUCACUAUUCCCCAGUCAGCUUCCUUGCUCCUGUCAUGAGCCUUCCUGAGCAAUACAACCGAAUGGUCUACUUUGCCAUCUCUGAGUAUGUCUUCAACACAGCCAGCGUGGUUUAUCAUGAGGCAGGAUUCCUGAAUUUCUCCAUCACAGAUGACAUGGUUCCCCCUGGCUCUAACAUCCGGCUGACCACCAAGUCCUUCCGCCCCUUCGUCCCCAGGUUAGCCAGACUGUACCCCAACAUGAACUUGGAGCUCCAGGGAGCAAUGGCCUCUGCCCCAUUCCUGAACUUCAGCCCUGGGAAUCUGUCCUUGACUCCCCUGAUGGAGAUUGAAGCCUUUGUGCUCCUGCCCAGCUCUGCCAAGGAGCCUGUCUUCCAGCUUGGUGUGGCUACUAAUAUGUCCGCCAUGUUGACCUUCAACACCAGCAAGAUCACUGGGUUCCUGAAACCAGGAAAGAUACAAGUGGAGCUGAAAGAGUCUAAAGUUGGAGUGUUCAAUGUAAGUUAUCAUUGUUUUUAUUUAUGAAGUGAUUAAGGUAUUAACUAAUUUAGUAUAUUUACUAAGCAAUGCUAUAGCACCUAUAGGAGAAAAUAGAAAAAUGAAAAGAGCUACUCUCUGCUGUAGAAAAGUAUAGAAGUUCUCGAGGACAUGAUACACAGGGCCAAGGAACAGUUACAUCCCAAUAGAAGAUAAGAUAUAAUUAAAUUGUCUGUUGGACAGAAUUCUUUUAACUACAAGAAUAGAAAACCAAUUAAAAGUGUCUUAAGCCAACACGAGGAAUUCAUAGGGUCAUAAAACUAAAAAACAAAUUAAAAAAGAGGUUUCAGGCAUAACUGGAUCUAGGUGCUCAAAUUAGUGCAUCAAGAAUCUCUCCCCCUCUCUCCCUUCUGCUUUCAUCUGUGUUGGCUUCAUCCUCAGACAGGUUUUUCCCACUGAUGGAAAACCUCAAAAUUUUGUAGUUUAAUUUUUUUAAAAAAUCCAGAUGCUAGCUCUCUUUAGGUGAAUCUGAGUCAUGUGUCCAUUCUUUAGCCAAUCACUGUGGUUAGAAAUUGGACAAGGCCAAUUGACCAAACAUGGGUUUCAUCUACACUUCUGGAGCCAGGACAUCUAGUCUGAAACCAUAUGGACUGAGAUUGGAAAGGAGGGUUCUCCAGGGGAAAAUAGGGACUCUGUUAUUAAAACAAGAGGAAUUAAUUGCUGGGCAGGCUGAACCAAGAGGUGAUUUCCACAAGGAGGAACAACUGGCAAAAUGGAUGGCCCCAUAUUGAAGUAAGAAAGACAGUGGGAAAAUCAAUGUGGGCUGAUGUGAUCAGGGAGAGAUUUCUUUUUUUUUUUUUUUUACAUUUUUAAAAUUUUAUUAU